GUCACGAUCUCAAUUCGACACUGCAUAACCACCAUGAAAGUAAUAUUUGUCGUAACUCUGGUUAUUAUAACUUUUUCUUUCGCGAAAUGUUCGAGCAAAGUUCAGCCAGUGAAAGAGGUGGAACCACAGACAAAUUUAGAAUCCCGAGAGAGCGACUUUGAUUUGAUUGAAGUUUUGACAGAAUGCAAUGAUAGUUUUCGGAUCGAGAUGUCUUAUAUAGAGGCGUUAAACGCAAGUGGAAGUUUUCCAGACGAAACAGAAAAAACUCCAAAAUGUUACAUUCGCUGCGUAUUGGAGAAGACAGGUGUGACGUUAGAGGGGGAGGAAUUUGACCCGGAGAGGAGUGCCAUAGUGCUGGCACAGGUCAGAAAGACUACGGCGGUAGAGGCCAUUAAGGACAUUGCCAAUGACUGUGCUAAACGAUCGGAAACGUGUAAAUGUGAACGAUCAUACCAGUAUUUGAAAUGCCUGAUGGAGACCGAAAUACAGAAGUAUGAGACAAAGUCAUAAUUAAAUUUAACCAAAUAAUGCAACCCCGCACGAAGAUUAA